UAACUGUCCCUGGAAGUGAGCCUUGCUGUGGAGAUCGUAUUUAAGUCUGGAUCCAGAGAGUGCAGCUUUCGUCAGUCUCCCACGUAAAGUAUACCGACUUGUCGCCACAAGCCUUCACAACCCUGAGCGACAUUUUUUGGAACUGUCUUCAUGUUCAGGCUUCCUGCCAUAACUACCUAAUAGCUGGUAAGUACUGUGCGGCGGGUCAGGAACCAGGUCUGCCAGUGUCUCCCAGACGUGUUCCUCGAUGCUUUGGCACCAGCCUUGGUGGCACCCGAAGCGGAAGCCAGACAUAUUCCUACAGAAGGCAUCUGGAACGGCAGUGCGCGGUCAGGCUCGUGGCUUCCUGUCCUGCCGCGAGGGCUGCUGGGAGCCCUGGGACGUCAUUUCCGGCGAGGUCUGUUGGGAGUUGGUGGUGGUGGCAGCGGCAGAGGCCCACACCCAACCUGUCGAAAACGGAGAAGUCCAGGUUGUGUGAGCCCCAACUCUUGAAGCCUCUAGAGGCCAUGGCUUUGCCACUGAAGCUAGAGCAUGAUGUGCAGGGGAAAGUAGAUUCGUUUCGGGCCCGAAUCGCCCAGGAGGCCGAGGAUCUGGUGUCCACCUUCUUCCCUCAGAAGCUGUCAGAGCUGGAUAGUCGGGUCCAAGAGCUGCGCCUGCAGGACCUGUCCAGAAUCCGAUCGGUGCCAGCCCCAGAGCCCCCGACUGCCCCCGACACCGUGGGGGAUGGGCCCAACCGGGAUCCGUCACCUCUGCAGACCCAGUCCCCAGGGAAGGUACCUGCACUCCCCGGCGGGGAGGGACAGCUUCUGCGGAGCAACCAGCAUCUGGUGGAGCUGAUUGAGCGGGUGAAACCCGAGAUCGAGCUGCUGAGAGAGAAAUGCAACACAGUGCGGAUGUGGGUGCAGCUGCUCAUCCCGAAGGUGGAGGACGGCAACAACUUCGGAGUGUCCAUCCAGGAAGACACAGUGGACCAGCUGUGGACCGUGGAAAGCACAGCGGCCUCCUAUCUGCGCCGCUUCUCCACCUACUACAACACCCGGGCCAAAUUGGUGUCCAAGAUCGUGAAGUACCCGCAAGUGGAAGAUUAUCGCCGCACGGUGGCGGAAGUCGAUGAAAACGAGUACCUGAGUGUGCGCCAGAUCCUGCUGCACGUGCGGAACCAGUAUGCCACCUUGCAUGACGUAAUCCUGAAAAACAUCGAGAAGAUCAAGACCCCUCGAAGCGCCAACACCGACAACUUGUACUGAGGACCUUUCUCCACCCCCACUUUCCUUCAGCAGUUGGCUGAGCUGCGUAGGCAACUACGAAGCUGGUCAUUAGUGACUGCACAGGCGAUGAAGCGGCUGGAAAUAGGCAUUACCAUUUAGUUACACUUUCACACAGCUGACUCUCACACCGAAUCCUCUUCGGGUGUGAUUUUUAUUUGACUUUCCUUUCGGGAGGAGAAUGGGGACAAACCAUCUGGUAGGAUAUGGUAAGGUAGGCCAAGGAGAAAGGACUGCCAUUUCUAAAAGCAGCUUUGAGGAUUAAU